AUGAAGAAACUGCCAAUAUUAAUCGCCUUGAUCGGAUGCGUUCUUUCUGAAGAAAUAGAGGAUCGCAUUGUCGGCGGAACGGCAGUUGAUAUAAGAGGUUUUCCCUGGCAGGUAUCAAUUCAAACCGAAAACCGUCAUUUUUGUGGUGGUUCUAUUAUCGAUAAAAGCUGGAUAUUAACUGCCGCACAUUGUGUACACCGAUAUGAAGAUGUCGAACUGGACGACUUCCUUAAAAUUCGUUAUGGAACUAACAACUGGCAAUUCGGCAGCGUUAAUAUAGUAGAAAAAGUAUUUGUUCAUCCAGAUUACAACCGAACGACUCUAGACUGUGACGCGGCCCUUCUUAAGCUGAAAACCCCAAUUACCUUCUCAAAUAGCGUUCACAAAAUAACGUUGGCCAAAGAAGGUCAAGAUCCUGCACCUUAUUCACCUGCGAUUGUUACCGGCUGGGGCGUUACAUCGGAAGAUGCUGCUAGUGUUUCGCGGCUUCUACAAGGAGCUGUAGUUCCAAUCGUAAACAGGCAUGAAUGCAAAAAUGCAGACCCUGAAUUUUUCUCUGAUGUAAAUCAAAAGUAA